AUUCUCAUUUAGCAAAACUGCAUCUCAGUGAAAGUCAAAACCAGGAUAUUUUGACACUGACCUUGACUGAACAGUUUAAUUUUUUUUUUUUUAAGGAUCUUUGUUCCAAACUCAGUGAAAGGUUGUUUUCCUGUAUGCCUUUCCUUCUUUCCCAGCUGGCUGUGCGGGAGCUGGCAGCAGCUGACUGGGAGCCUGUGCAGAAGGUGACUGCCCUAAAGAGGAUUUAAUAAUCAGACAGAAGGAGGUGCAUUUGCACGUGGUGGGGACUCCACUUCCUGAGAGGCCCCACUGUGGCCAUGCCUCCCUUUGGUGGAAACCCAGGCUUUAUCAAGAGCUGGAGGGACCAACUGCCAGCUCUCUCUGGGGACAAGCUGCCAUGGGACUGAGGUGCAGGAUGAGGACCACCAAGUGCCAGCUGCUGGUGACCAGCCUCUGUGUCAUGCUGCUGGGGCUCUCCAUCGCCACGCUGAACACAGUCACCCACUAUGGGCUCCGUUUCACCCUUAUCAGCAACAUCUCCCUGGACAGCAACGCCUACAGGGUCAUCCACCACGCAGCUUUCUACUUUGGGAUCUGCCUGAGUAUGACCCUGAUCCUGGCAGCCCUGCUGAGCUCCGCCGCCACGGUGCGGGAAUCGCAGUGCCUCACCGCCAUGGGAUUUUUCUGUUUUGCUCUGGCCUUUUGUGGAUUGAUCCCAGCUGCCUGCUGGAGAUACACACACAGCACGGAGGUGGAAGACAGCAUGAUGGAUGUGUAUGAUUUUGUGUAUGAGGAGGUGAGGAGGAACACCUCCAGCUUCAGGAGGCAUGAGCUGACUGCCAUCCAUGAAGCAUUUCUGUGCUGUGGGAAGCACUCACCUUUUGGGGAUACAACCAAUGUUGAGAACAAGAUGUGCCCACCCGGCCAGGUGCACAAUGAAGGACAGGACUGCCUGCAAGAGAUCCAGGACUUUUUGAAAAAGCACAUGGACUUUGUCUUCUCACUCCUGGGUGUCACCAUUGGCUUCACGGUUUAUGGGAUGAUCCUAACUUCAUUCCUCUGGUUCUCCAUCCACUUCAGCAGCAACCUGUACCGGAAAGGCAAAUAUAUCCUCCGAGAGAGGUAGAAACCUGAUGCCUGGGCAUCCCUACAAGGCAGAGCCAGCUCUUGGCACAGGAAGAUGUCUGAAGUCACCUGCAAAAUGCCCUGAGAAGGUAUUGCAUGGGGUCAGGUGGUCGGAUGUGUGUCACACAUUUCCCUUACCUGCACUACUACUGGGAUCAGAGAUGCAGAUUCCCUCAAUAGGAGACAUAUGGGCUGUGGCUCCACAAGAAGGGGACAAAGAGUUCUUUACAACCAAAUGGAGAGAAAACCAUAGCAAAAAUCACAGCAUUAAAUCAAACUUUUCUUGUGCUGUCAUCUGAGCAGCUCCCUGUGUUCCCCCAAAGAUGCAAUGUUUCUAGGAAGAAGGCUUUGGAUCACAGCCCAGGAUCAAUGUUGCACUAUCAGUAAAUAAAUGACAGGAACUGUAACCACUGAGGAAAUGUGUUCUCUCAGCCUGGACACUUGCAAUGAUUAACUUUGGGCAUGUUUCUGAUCAUGCUGGGGUUCAUAGGCAUCCAAUGACUGUCAGCUAGUUUUCCCUUUUUCAAAUGUUGCCAGGUUUAUAGAACUUUUGGUAGAGAUCAGGACAAAAAGUCAGAAAGUAGUGAAUGAGCUUUGGAACAACUGGCCAACAGAAGGACAUAUUUCUCUGUUAUUCCUCCUUGCUAAUGCAAUACAACUUUUUUUUUUUUUUAAAAUCUUAGGAUUUAGUCUCCUAAAUCUUGAUGCCACACUGAUUUCAGAGGGGCUUGUUAAGCCACACCUUGACUGCGCUGUCUGAUUCUGGGCCCCUCAAUUUAGGAAGGAUGUUGAGAUGCUCAGACACGUUCAAAGUAGGGACAGAAGGCUGGUGAGGGGUCUAGAACACAAACCCUUGCAAAGAGUGGCUAAGGGAGCUGGGACUAUUUACCCUGGAAAAAAGGAGUCUUGGGGUGACCUUAUCACUCUCUACAACUGCCUGAAAGAAGACUGUAGCCAGGUGGGCAUUGGUCUCUUCUCCCAGGCAACUAAUGACAGGAUGAGAGGACACAGUCUUAAGCUGCACCAGGGGAAGUUUAGGCUAGACAUUAGAUAAAAAUUCUUCACAGAAAAAGUGAUUGGCCAUUGGAAUGGACUGCCCAGGGAGAUGGUGGAGUCGCCAUACCUGGUGGUGUUUAAAAAAAGCCUGGACAUGGCACCCAGUGGCAUGGUUUAGUUGAUAAGGUGGUGUUAGGUCAUAGUAGGGCUUGGUGAUCUCCAAGGUCUUUUCCAACCUGGCUGAUUGUGUGAUUCUGUAACUUCCGGGCCCAGCUCUAUGUUUAUCAGGCUUUACUAACUCACUGUGCUUCUGUGGCAAAAGGACUUUGAUAUUACACAUACAAACAGAAGUUUAAAUCUGUAAGAGAACAGGACUGAUCUCCAGCCAGGUCAAACAAUACAAUGUCCAGCUACACGUCCUUUUUACAUCAUCUUAUCAAUAAUAAACAGAAUUCUUAAAAGGCUGUCAGUCUAGCUAAAACAACAACUCCCUGACAUGCUUUGCCUUCAUGUCGAGGAGGCAGAGCCACUUCUGAGCUGAAACCCAUCAUUGUGAUAUAUGUAGCAUCUGCUGUAAAUUAUAUGGCUGUGUGAAAUGUCUGUUGAAUCAGCAACAGCUUUCAUGCCUCUCAUACAUAGUGGCUUUUAGGCAUGAAAAACGGUAAGUAGCAAUUGUUUUCUGAGAUAAACAUGGACAACCCUAUGCUGAUGCUCAGGACAAGUCCUGGCCCCCGGGCAGGGAUUGCUGCAUGUACAAGAACAGCAGUACAGCCUGCAGCGCCUGGCUGGCAUUUUAACCUGGGCUGCGGAUACCUUGCAUUGGGAAGAGUUGUGUUGUGGAGGGCUGAGGAAGGGCUGUCACUUCUCAUUCCACGCCCUUGGAAACAGCAGAGUUUCACUGUUGACUUCACUGGAAGCAGGAUGAAGUUCAAACUGCCCCAGUGUAAUAUUCAAGCUACCUCCUGGCAGUCACCAACACACCUCAGUCUGGCAAGGAAUUGGGUGUUGUAUGCACUUGCCAGCAUAUGCACUUUCUAAUGGGGAAGUCUUCACAUACACGUGUACAUGUAUCAUCACGUAUAUUGAUCUCUGGAAAGAGACAAUCUCCCUUGUGAGCUCCAGCUGCUACUGUCAGGCCACUGCUAUUGUUAUUCCUCAGGCCAGCUGGCAGCUCAUAUGACUCAUGGUUGCUUCAAUAAAGAUUAAU